AUGUCAAGUUCUUUAGAGAGUUAAGUAUUAUUUGCAAUUUGGGAAUUAUAUCAACAAAAUAAAAUCUCAUUGGAAUAAAAAGGAUGUAUCAAAGAUUUAUUAAUCAGAAAAGAUGAGAAUUUCUACUCUUUUAUAGGUAAUUGCUAAAAAUUUGAUGAAUUAGAAGAAAGGCUACUUGAUAUUUUGAAUUGUAUUGAAUUUUUAUUUUUUUCUGAUUAGGGUUCUCCAAGAGAUCUAGAUGCUGAAGAAGCUAUUUGUCCAAUUAUUCGAUUAAGUAACCCAUCCAACACUCCAACAACUAUCAAAUCAUUUUAAAACCAACCUUAAAAGAGAUUUAGGUUUAUGAGUUCAAGCAAUGAAAGUGAAAUAGCCUAGAACAAUUAAAAGCAGAGAUCAAAUUCAUUCCAUCAUUAAUGA